CUGUUUCCGGUCGCGGCGGACACUUCCCGCGAAGGAAUUGUGCCGUAGCACCGGUUGGCGAAGGAGGGUACGGAGGCCCCGGAGCAGCGACUAUGGACGACCACGGCCUGGAGGAGUUCCGUCGGCGCUGGCAGGAGGAGCUGGCGCAAGCCCAAGCGCUGAGGAAGCGGCGGAAGCCGCGACGGCCCGAGCAGGCCUCAGGGAUAUUUCUUUUUUUCUCUCCUCAGAAUGAAAUGGAUGAUGUGCCCUUCUUUGAUAUCCAACUUCCUUAUGAAUUGGCAAUCAAUAUAUUUCAGUAUCUGGACAGAAAAGAUCUAGGAAGGUGUGCGCAGGUGAGCAAGACGUGGAAGGUGAUUGCCGAAGAUGAGGUGCUGUGGUACAGGCUGUGCCAUCAGGAAGGACACCUUCCGGAGAGCAGCAUCUCGGAUUAUUCAGGUUGGAAGCUCAUCUUCCAAGAGUGCCGAGCCAGGGAACACAUGUUAAGAACCAACUGGAAGAAUCGCAGAGGUGCCGUGAGUGAGCUGGAACACAUUCCUGACGCAGUUUUAUGUGAUGUGCAUUCUCACGAUGGCGUGGUCAUUGCUGGAUAUACAUCAGGGGAUGUGCGGGUGUGGGACACCCGCACCUGGGACUAUGUGGCCCCCUUCCUGGAAUCGGAGUUUGAGGAGGAUGAGCCUGGAAUGCAGCCAUACGUCUCCUUUGUGAGAAUAAACAGCUCGCUGGCGGUAGCAGCUUAUGAGGAUGGAUUUCUUCAUAUUUGGGAUCUGAGAACUGGAAAGUGUCCUGUCCAUCGCUUUGAGCAUGAUGCGCGAAUACAAGCACUGGCCCUCGGCCGGGAAGGUGCCAUUGUUGCCACUGCAUCUGCUUUUGACGUCGUGAUGUUGUCCCCGAAUGAGGAGGGGUACUGGCAAAUAGCUGCAGAAUUUGAAGUUCAGAAACUGGUUGAUUACCUUGAAAUAGUCCCAGAUACUGGAAGGUACCCUGUGGCAGUAGCCACCGCUGGAGAUCUGGUGUACCUGCUAAAAGCCGAAGACUCAGCCAGAACCCUCCAUUAUGUCUACGGCCAGCCAGUCACCUGUCUAGAUGUCUCCGCCAACCACGUUGCUUUUGGUGUGAAGAGCCUGGGAUGGGUGUAUGAAGGAAACAAGAUCCUGGUGUACAGCCUGGAAGCAGAACGCUGCCUUUCGAAGCUGGGUAAUGCACUUGGUGACUUCACUUGCGUCAACCUCCGGGACAGCCCUCCCAACCUCAUGGUCAGCGGCAACAUGGACAGGAGGGUGAGGAUCCAUGACCUUCGCACUGAUAAAAUCGCCUUGUCGAUCUCCGCUCACCAGCUUGGGGUCUCUGCCAUCCAGAUGGAUGACUGGAAAAUUGUCAGUGGAGGCGAAGAAGGGCUGGUGUCUGUGUGGGAUUAUCGGAUGAACCAGAAGCUGUGGGAGGUCCAUUCCAGACACCCUGUGCGGCACAUCUCCUUCAACAGCCACAGCCUCAUCACAGCCAACGUGCCCUACGAGAGGGUGGUGCGCAACAGUGACCUGGACAACUUCACCACCCACCGGAGGCACCGGGGGCUGAUCCACGCCUAUGAGUUUGCAGUGGACCAGCUGUCCUUCCAGAGCCCCCUGCCCAUCUGCCGUUCCUCCUGCGACACCACAGCCGGUUCCAACUAUGACCUUGCGCUGGAUUUUCCCCAUGACAGUAUUUAAGCAUCACCACAUUUGGGAGAAAAUUGGGAGACACCAAUUUUAAAACCACACGAGAGUUCUCAGUGGGUAACAAACAUGAGGGAAGCUGGCCCUGGGGUUGGCGGUGCACACUCCAGACCAGGCUUUGCUUUUCCUCCUCUACAGGGCUCUGCUCUGGCCUCCUGUGCAGACCUAGAGUUGUGGCGGCUGAUUUCCUCUCUCUGUUCUCUCUCCUGGGCACCUCUGUUCUGGGUCCUGUGGCUUUCACUGUCAUGACCGAACUUAUCCUCCAUCCCCGACAUGAUCCCCGGCUUGGUCCCCGGCUUGGUCUCUCUCUCAAGAGCAACACCUCUGCCCAAUUCUGCCUCCCAACUCCCAUGCAGCCCCAUGGGGCGCCACAUGGGCCCUGUACCUGCUCCCAUCCUGCAGGCCAUGUUCCCACCUCCUGUCUCUUUGGGGGGCUUGGGCUGUGCUGCCCAAGACUUUGGAUUGUAACCCAAACGUGGUUUUAUUUUUUCCUGUGGUGCUUAGAAUAGAACCCAGGGCCACAUGCACACUAAACAAGUCAUCUGCCACAGAGCUGCACCCCAAGUGGGGGGGGGUCUUAGACCCCAACCUGCCACUACUAAGUAUAAACCUGGGAUAAUGGGACUCUUUCUAAAUGUAAUUAAAAAUCACGGUACAUACUGAAUUUAUAGUACUGUGGCCACAGUAUGGGAUACAAAGUAAAUAUUUUCUAGAUACUUACUGCCCAAGUGCCAGGGACAGAUCAGGGAUGGGAAGGCCCUGAGGAGGAGCCAUGACCUCCAGCCGCUAGGAUCAGGACAGCACUCGUGGGCUGCCCAGGGAGAAGGAGCUUCCGCUGCAUGCUGAAGGGAUGCCACCACACUGCUCCUCCGUGUUUCCUGAACCUGCUGUACUUUCAAAGUAUCAAAGCAAAGAUUGAGAGAACCAGAGAGAGAGAAAAUUCAUCUACUCCGUGGGAGGUCAGCAACUCGGUGAAGCAGUUCACCACCUGGUGGAUUUUGUCUGCUGUCGUUAACAAGCCUGACCAGUAGAUGUGUCUAUGGUUCUGUACCUCCUCAAAUUCUCUAGACCAGGUACCAAACAUGCCCACGCACGAAGGCCACCAAGUCUCAGGGCACAAGGAUUGAUGCCAUACAGUUCACAGUCCUUUACCCAGUGCAGUGUAAUUAGAAAUCAGCAUGAAGAAAAACAAUAAAUAUACUGCCAGAGAUUUCAAACUUUCUGAAUUGGAUUUAAAGAGGGUACUAGGAAAGAUAACAUCCAAAACCAGGCCUGAGGUGAUCUGUGACAUUAGUGGGAAAUAAAGCAGACCCAAAUGAGUGCACUAAGCUGUCACCAAAGAAAGCUUGUCAGACAUCCCACUCCCAGAGACAGCAAAAGAAAUAAGGGCAGCCAUUAUUAACAAGCUAGAAGAACACAGUUAAAGGUG